AUCGCGAAUUUGCCGUUUAAAGCUCCCGUUCAAGCCAUAUUUCAAGGUAUAGGUGUGCGACUUAAUAGCCAAGAUAUCGGAAAAACGAAUCUUGAUCCUGGCAUGCAGAAGACAACACCGGAAUCACCGUCCACCAAUGCACAAAAACGGUCUCAAAUGCAUUUAGUAAAUGCCUUGGAAGGUGAUUUGCAAAAAAGGCGUGCUAUUGAUCCUAAAGAAACUUCCAUUGUACUAUUUCCUGGGCAAGGAACUCAAUAUGUUGGCAUGGCGGAUCAAUUGAUGCGAUUUCCAUCAGCACGAUCCAUUUUUGAACUAGCAAAUGAAGUGUUGGGUUAUGAUCUUCUCAAGAUAUGCCUUCAGGGGCCAAGCAAUAAACUAAAUCGAACGGAACAUGCCCAAUUGGCGGUGAUGGUGUCGUCCCUGGCCGCAUUGGAGCAACUGCGUGAAGAACGACCACGUGCUAUUGACAAUUGUGUUGCGACAGCUGGUUUCAGUUUAGGCGAGAUUACAGCAUUAGUAUUUGCCGGUGCGCUCCCAUUCGAUAAGGCAUUGCGUCUAGUCCAGGUUCGUGCCAAUGCAAUGCAAGCGGCAUGCGAUGCUGUGCCAAGUGGUAUGAUACUAAUACUAUAUGGACCAGAUACUCAAGUUGGUACUGUGUGCGCAAAGGCACAACAAUGGUGUUUGGAGCGUGGUGUGGAAGCGCCAUACUGUGGUGUCGCCAACUACAUGUACCCUCAUUGCAAAGUAAUUGCGGGUAACCAAGAUGCUUUACAAUACAUCGAGGUGAAUGCAAGGGCGUUAAAAAUAAGACGUUUGAAACGACUUCAAGUAAGUGGAGCUUUUCAUACACCCAUUAUGCAAUCAGCUGUAGAACCUUUUGCAAAUGCACUUAAGAAGAUUCAAAUAAAAGACCCGCUAAUACGGGUAUACUCGAACGUAGAUGGUAAGCCAUACAGAAAUGCAGCCCAUAUACUGCGUCAACUACCCAAACAAAUUGUAAGCCCGGUAAGGUGGGAGCAGACCAUGCAUUUAAUGUACGAGCGACGUCAAGGUGUGGAUUUUCCACGCACUUUCGAAUGUGGACCAGGCAAAGGACUGAAACAAGUACUUGAAAAGGUAAAUGCAAAAGCGGCAAACACAGCAUUCAACGUGGAGGCGUAGCAAUAAAUUGAAAUUAGUUUAUAGUACAUAUAUAGCUUUUGAGCUGUAACGAAUGCCAAGAUUGCAGCUCUAGAUAUUUGUUACCAAUAAAGUGUUGGGACAAAUUUGUUUUAA